ACCUUUGCCUACGACUACUGUUUCUGGUCCAUGGACGAGUCGGAAAAGGACAAGUUUGCGGGUCAGUUUUCAUUUUCCUCACGUUAACCCCUCCUCACUUCCCUUCCUCCCCUCUUCUUCCUCCACCUCAUGUGUAUCUACAGGUAUCCCUGUGAGCACAGGAUGUUGAAAAUAUGUUGAAAGGACGUUGAAACUGUCUUUUUGGUUGAAAAUACGUAUUUUCAACGUCUUGUGCUCAAUGGGAUAGGUCUGUUCAGGUGGUUUUAGGUAUUUUUUCAAACAUUUAUCUCUACAGUGACUAAGGAAUCGGGAUCCCACCUGAAUUCUCUGUCGUUUACUCACUUGGAUGGAUCUGCAGGUGGUUGGCUUAAUUUAAAUGUCAAAUAUUCCUGUCAGACCUGCUAGUCAUCCAUCCACCUUUUUGUGCUGUAGGCCUAAACCGAAUGAGGUUCUACACUGUUUCUCACACUGUUCAUGGAUACAGUUUGAAGGUCCUAUUUAAAUUAACAUGCAUAGCUUGUAGAUUAUUUUGUAAUUGUGUCUGUGUGCUCCAGAUCAUUUUCUAAACCACCCCUAAAGGAAUCAAUUAAGUCCUAUUGUACUGUUUUAUAUUGUAUAAUGUGUGGUGUUGUAACGUUGCCUGGUGGUUGUCUCCAGGUCAGGACGUGGUGUUCCAGUGCCUUGGGGAGAGUCUUUUGCACAAUGCCUUUCAGGGCUACAAUGCCUGCAUCUUCGCCUAUGGACAGACGGGUAUGUUAUUACGUUAUCGGAGAAUCUCAAUUGCAUUUCCUUGAUUCCUUGCGUCCUCUCUCCUCGCCUCCUUCUCCAAACCCAUUGGAUGAGAAGGUCAGAAGGUCACCAUUUCAUCCAAUGGGUAAGGAGAAGGAGGCGAGGAAUCAAGGAAAUGCAAUUGAGUUUUUCCCUAUGACAUAUGCUAUGAUACUACUGGCUGUUUUGAUAAGCGUAGAACAGAUCCUUAGUUUAUCUGUCACCUCACUGCUCUCCCAUUGGCUGUCUCCUCACAUCUGUGCUCACCCAUUGGCUGUGUGUGCGUUUCCCUCCAGGUUCGGGGAAGUCGUACACAAUGAUGGGUUCGGUGGACUCUCCAGGUCUGAUCCCGCGGCUGUGCAGCUCUCUGUUUGACCGCACCCUGCUGGAGCAGAGGGAGGGUGAAGGCUUCACCAUAGAGGUCUCCUACAUGGAGAUAUACAACGAGAAGGUCCGCGACCUCCUCGAUCCCAAAGGGUACGACCUUUAACCUCCACUUGACCUCUUGUUUUAGUUAUUUGUUUGAAUAUACUACAGUUUGUCUGUGGCCCCAUUUCAAAUAAUUUAAACACGCUUCCUCCCUUCCUUGAUGUAUUCACUGAUAACACAGUUGUUCCAUGAAAUACUGGUAGCUUUCACCUAUCCAUUCAUGUCAGAUCAGUGAUUACACUCUGAGGAAGCGAGUACGUUUCCAAACAUGCUUCAGAGCAGGGCCCCAGUGCUUUUGCACACAUUUGCACAUGUUUGUCUGCUCACAGUUUCUAUGGCACCCCGCUUGACCCCAAAGGUUAUGACCCCGUCACCUCUGACCCCUGCUAAAACAACCAAUAGAAUAACAGAGCUGCGUGCCACAGGAGUGGGAGGUCCGACAUCUGACGGCCAUAUGGAGUCAGUCUGCCACAUUUCACAGUAUCAGGCUGUAGACUCCUUUAGCUCUAUACAGAUGCUAGAACUUGGCCUAAUGAUAUAACACUUGUAUUGAUCUGGCUAUUGCUCAUUCCAUUUGGAGAAUUGUUGCCUUUACACAGAAUGUAGGAGAGUGGAUAGGGAUACAUCUAAAAUAGAACACUAUUUGAGAUUCAUUUAGUUACAAAUAAAUUAAUAAAUACAUGUUUUAUUCAUUUACAAAUAAAACAUGAUAUGAAUGUAUUAAUUAAUUAAUAUUGUUUUUAGAUAGAGUAUGGGAGCAUGAUGACUGGAUUUCUUCCAUAGUAAACCACAUUCAUAUCUGCCAUUCCCCCCUCUCCCCCAGGAGCAGACAGGCUCUGAGAGUGAGGGAACACAAGGUGUUGGGGCCAUAUGUGGACGGCCUGUCUCGUCUGGCUGUAGCCAGCUACAAGGUACACCACAAUAUCACUACUGUACCACUACCACCACUAGUAGAAUGACUACUGAUAUGACCAUGCUACUGAUGAUAUAAGAUUUAUUCAAUAUUCAUAAGCAACAGAAUUGAUAUGGUAUGGUUAAUAAUGCAACUCCAUGAGAUAUUCAUGGUCUGGGUUGGAGAGUAGAGAGGGGUGUGAUAGCUGAGAGGUUUGUUAGCUGUUCACAUAUCAGUGGUAAUAUACCAUGCUGUGGUGUUCAUGCUCCCAGGUGAUUUUAUUAGGUCAGGAUGCCUGAUGAAGACCUAAUGGUCGAAACCUUGUAACGGUAAAAUCACCUGGGAGCAUGAACAGCAGUGUGCAGCGUUUUCCUUUUUAUUUUUAAUGAGUUCACUGAAAACUCGAGCACCUGCAAAAAAAGUACCUGGAUGCACGUAUGUUCUUCAGCUUUUGUAAAUGUAUCAUGCUACCCUGCCCAAGAGGGAUGGUUUCUCUGGAGAAAAUAUAUUUGUAUGCUAAUGAAUUCAUUUAUAACAUCUCCCUUCCUUCUUCCUGUCUCCAUUCUUCCUUCCUUCCAACCCUAUCCCCAUCCCUCUCUCUCCUGCCUUCUUCUGUCCCCAUUCAUCCUCCUCCCUCCAUCCACCCCUCUCCGAUAGGACAUAGAGUCUCUGAUGUCAGAGGGGAAUAAAUCUCGUACGGUGGCCGCAACUAACAUGAACGAGGAGAGCAGCAGAUCUCACGGAGUUUUCAACAUCAUCCUCACACACACACUCAAAGACCUGCGGUCUGGGGUAAGACACAGACAUACUGACACACACGGAAACAGACACACACACACACACACACACACACACACACACACUGACAUAGACACAGACACACAAACCCUCCAUCUGGGAGUUAAGCGGACCCCCCCGAUCAUUUUUAUGUAGAAGGACUGGGAAGUUAAGUUCUUGUGACUUUUUAAAAGGACGUUCUACUCCAAAAUUAAUGAAAAUAAAAUAUAAUUUCCACCUCCAGAAAUUAGCCCAAUAACGUAUUGGUAAAAUAAUUUGUAAAAAGUAUUCUAACAUACUGUAUUGGACCAUGCAUAUAGGCUACGUAUCAUCUAUAUUACGUGUCAAACUCAUUUCACGGAAGGUGUCUGCGGGUUUUUGCUCCUCCCUUGUACCUGAUUGAUGAAUUAAGGUCACUAAUUAGUAAAGAACUCCCCGCACCUGGUUGUCUAGGUCUUAAUUGAAAGGAAAAAACAAAAACCUGCAGACAUUAGGCCCCCCAUGGAAUGAGUUUGACACCCCUGGUCCAUAUUAUCAGGUAUGCUAUUAGCAAUAAGCAUUAUCACCUUUAGCCCAACUGAGCAUAGUAGCUAUAAAUAAAUACCGGUAGGCUGAAGAAUGGGGUUGCUUAUCUGCAUUUACCCUAUUGGGCUAAUCAUUAGCUAGAUCCCAAAUGUGAUCUUUUAACUAGUUAGCAUCAUAUUGAUGCAUUUAAUGUUCCCAAAAAAUUACAUAAACACAGUGAAUAUAAUGUAGGUCUACAUGCUAGGGUAACUUGGGGUAACACCGCCACCCGGGGUAAUACGCCCCCUGCCUGUACUUCUCACAGAAACCACUUCAUGUCACAAUUUCCCCCCCAACACUUUCCCUGGUUGCCACUACUCUUGCUCAACUAAAAAUGUCAUCUGUCUUAUCACAAUUUCUUAAGUCACUCCAAAAAAAGGAUUUUGAGGUAGGGUGGUGUUCUACCCCAAGUGACCCUACAAUUGACCUGUGCAACUUCCAGCCCCACUCUCCCCUAUGCGCUCAUGGCAAAUUGCAGAGCAAUAGGGUGCUUAACCAUGCCGCUUCUUAAAACUCUGGGUUUAAAAUGGUGCAGUUUGCGCAUAUUUAGGAGUUGAAAAAUAAAUUUAAAGUAGGAAUGGAAAGCUGGGAUUCCCCUCUUUUUAACAAAGGCCAUUAAAACUGCUGUUUUCCAUUAGGAAUUGUUGUGCAUUGUCAGAAUGCAUCUUUCCCUCCCUAUAGCACUUGCAACUUGAAUGGGCCUUGUGAGGAAUAUUUAUCUCGCAUAGAACUCACAACAACAAGUCGACUAGGUAAAUAUAUAAACUAUUCUACUAUGGGGUUGUCUGAUUUUUCUAUUCAUUACUCGUUUUGUUUGCAGAGGAAAAGUCAUCUUCAAAUGUUCCAGAGUUUUUUGGCGUGGCGGCAAUGAUUUUGCCGUGGUGCAGAGCCACAGCGAAGUGACUGCAGCGUAAACACUGCGACUGCUGUAAUGCUUUGUGGAGACUGCAUCUUGUUUGUCGUUAUAUAAAACUCUCAUCCUCUCCCACUACAUCUAAAGCACUUUCUAUCUGGGGCACUGUGUAUAUAGGCUGCGUUUACAUGGGCAGACCAAUUCUGAUAUUUUCUUCACUAAUUGGUCUUUUGACCAAUCAGAUCAGCUAUGAAGAAGAUCUGAUGUGAUUGGUAAAAAUACCAAUUAGUGGAAAAAAGAUUAGAAUUGGGCUGCCUGUGUAAACGCAGCCUAAGAGUGUCCCAGAGAGACUGUCCUGUCAGUGAGCCCCAGUUUCCACUGUUCAGGAACUAGCUAGUGAUGUUAGCUUCCAGGAAAACCUUUAAAUAAGUAAUGAGCUGCUCUCUUUCUGUCUGGAUGUCAGCUGAUCUGCUGCUGUCAGCCUGUUCCUUUAUUAUCCCAACAACACCUGGUCGGUCAUCCAACCCUGUGUGUGUGUGUGUGUGUGUGUGUCGGUGUGUCUGUGUGCGCACACACGUGCCCCUGACUGUGUAUUUACAUGCGUGUGUGUGUGACCUGAUCAUCCAACCCUGGUCUUCUGGCACAAUGUAUGAAGCACACAGAUUUAAUAAUGCAGGAGUGGAACAGUUGGUUCUAGUCCAGGUCAAAUAAGGCUGUGUUCAAGUCAUUGAUCUAAAGUGUUGCUCAUUGUUGCAGACUGAGCCUCUGUACCACUUUCAUACCUUGUUGGUUGUGUUCCUGAAUGCAGCCCCAGGUGCACGUGCUGGAAUUGAAACAAAGCUAAAUAUAGUCUGAGCCGGACCAUUGAAACUAACACACAAAUAAAGGCUGUUGACAUUUCAACACAUACACACACAGUUUUGGAUUGCUAUCCUUGUGGGCAAAAAAUAAUUGAUUCCCAUCCAAAAUCCUAUUUUCCCUUAACCUAAGUCUAACCUUAACCCCUAACCCUAAAACUAUACCUAACCCUAACCUUAACCUUAAUUCAUUUUUACAUUUACAUUUGACAUUUUAGUCAUUUAGCGACUUACAGUUAGUGAGUGCAAACAUUUUUCAUACUGGCCCCCCGUGGGAAACGAACCCACAACCCUGGCGUUGCAAGCGCCAUGCUCUACCAACUGAGCUACAGGGGACUACAUUCUAAAUUCUAACCCUAAUUGUAACCAUAACCCUAAACCUAAGCCUAAAAUAGCAUUUUUCCUCGUGGGAACUGGCAAAAUGUCCCCACUGUCUGAAUGUUCCUUGUUUGACUAUCCUUGUGAGGACUUCUGGUACCCACAAGGAUAGUUAAACAAACACACACGCACAGUGAGAGAACGAGAGAUCGAGAAUCAUUGGGCGUCCUUUUUCUGCUGUUGAUGAUAUGCUUUGUCCUCCCUUCACUGAUGGUUUGCAUAUCUCCAUGGAAAUUCAGUCCAAUGCAAAUUCACAGGGGCGUGUUGACAGUGCGUGUAAUCUAAUCCUGUGUGUCUGAGAUGUUGCUUGGGUGUGCAGUGGUGAGAGAGAGGGACGUUUUAGUAUAGCAUCUUUAUAAAAGGUUGACAACACAAUAACUAAACCAUAGGAAAGAACAACAUAUUUCCUGUGGAAUCCAGUGUGUGGAAAACAGUUUGAGGUACCAGCCAAAUACUUGGAAUCCUUUUUGACCUAGGUCCACCCCAGUUCAUCAAGUCUUUUUCCUUCUUUCUGUUCUCUCUCUCUCUUUUCUCUCGCUCUUCUCUCUCUCUGGGGACAAGGGCGGUCUUUGUUUUCACAACACACUGUAAUCUCUGCCUGCUCUAUUCCCACUCAGUACAACCCAGGACAUAAUGCACGCCCCCGCUGCCCUUUGGCUCUCUCUCCCCCUCCCCCACUCUCUCUAAUUUCUCGCUCAACUCAUUCACUCACCCCAUCUCACAUUUUUACAUACUUUCAUUCUCCCCCACUAUCUCUCAUUUUAUACAUAUUUCUCUUACAUUCUUUCUGUCCACUACUGCAUUCCUGCAUUCUCUCUCUGUUCUUCCUCUGUCUUAAAUUAUCUCUCCUUCCCAGAACGCUUUCCUCUUUCUUUCUCUCCCUCCUCCCCAUCCUCUCCUUCCCUCCCUCCCCCUCUCUUUUCUCACCUGUCUAUUAUCUCUCCGUCUCCCAGUCAAGCUCCAGUCCUUAGUGCACACAUACCUUAUUUAAGAUAAGUUCCCCGUUACACACACACACACACACACACACACAGUGUUGUACAGCUAACCUUGUGGGGAGACACAAUUCAGUCCCAUUCAAAAUCCUAUUUUCCCUAACCCAAAAACCUAACCUUAAACCUAACCCUUGCUCCUAACCCGUAACGUAAUUCUAACACUAAUUCUAACCUUAACCCUAAACCCCCUAGAAAUAGCAUUUGACCUCGUGGGGACUAACAAAAUGUCCCCAGUUGGUAAUUUUUGUUUGUUUGUUUACUAUUGUUGUGGGGACUUCUGGUCCCCACAAGAAUAGUUAAACACACACACACACACACACACACACACACACACACACACACACACACACACACAGUGAGUGGAGGCUCCACCCCUGCACCUGGGACUGUAAAUCACAUCCAUAUGAAUGUCUGUCUGAUAGUCUGGUUAAUGAGUGCUUUCAUACUGUAUACAGUGAGGGAAAAAAGUAUUUGAUCCCCUGCUGAUUUUGUACGUUUGCCCACUGACAAAGAAAUGAUCAGUCUAUAAUUUUAAUGGUAGGUUUAUUUGAACAGUGAGAGACAGAAUAACAACAAAGAAAUCCAGAAAAACGCAUGUCAAAAAUGUUAUAAAUUGAUUAGCAUUUUAAUGAGGGAAAUAAGUAUUUGACCCCCUCAAUCAGAAAGAUUUCUGGCUCCCAGGUGUCAUUUUAUACAGGUAACGAGCUGAGAUUAGGAGCACACUCUUGAAGGGAGUGCUCCUGAUCUCAGCUUGUUACCUGUAUAAAAGACACCUGUCCACAGAAGCAAUCAAUCAAUCAGAUUCCAAACUCUCCACCAUGGCCAAGACCAAAGAUCUCUCCAAUGAUGUCAGGGACAAGAUUGUAGACCUACACAAGGCUGGAAUGGGCUACAAGACCAUCGCCAAGCAGCUUGGUAAGAAGGUGACAACAGUUGGUGCGAUUAUUCGCAAAUGGAAGAAACACAAAAGAACUGUCAAUCUCCCUCGGCCUGGGGCUCCAUGCAAGAUCUCACCUCGUGGAGUUGCAAUGAGAACAGUGAGGAAUCAGCCCAGAACUACACGGGAGGAUCUUGUCAAUGAUCUCAAGGCAGCUGGGACCAUAGUCACCAAGAAAAUUGAUAAAACACUACGCCGUGAAGGACUGAAAUCCUGCAGCGCCCGCAAGGUCCCCCUGCUCAAGAAAGCACAUAUACAGGCCUGUCUGAAGUUUGCCUAUGAACAUAUGAAUGAUUCAGAGGAGAACUAGGUGAAAGUGUUGUGGUCAGAUGAGACCAAAAUGGAGCUCUUUGGCAUCAACUCAACUCGCCGUGUUUGGAAGAGGAGGAAUGCUGCCUAUGACCCCAAGAACACCAUCCCCACCGUCAAACAUGGAGGUGGAAACAUUAUGCUUUGGGGGUGUUUUUCUGCUAAGGGGACAGGACAACUUCACCGCAUCAAAGGGACAUUGGACGGGGCCAUGUACCGUCAAAUCUUGGGUGAGAACCUCCUUCCCUCAGCCAGGGCAUUGAAAAUGGGUCGUGGAUGGGUGGUCCUCUGUAGCUCAAUUGGUAGAGCAUGGCACUUGUAACGCCAGGGUAGUGGGUUCGAUCCCCGUACGUAAAAAUGUAUGCACAUAUGACUGUAAGUCGCUUUGGAUAAAAGCGUCUGCUAAAUGGCAUAUUAUAUUAUUAUUAUUAUUAUUAUUAUUCCAGCAUGACAAUGACCCAAAACACACGGCCAAGGCAACAAAGGAUUGGCUCAAGAAGAAGCACAUUAAGGUCCUGGAGUGGCCUAGCCAGUCUCCAGACCUUAAUCCCAUAGAAAAUCUGUGGAGGGAGCUGAAGGUUCAAGUUGCCAAACGUGAGGCUCGAAACCUUAAUGACUUGGAGAAGAUCUGCAAAGAGGAGUGGGACAAAAUCCCUCCUGAGAUGUGUGCAAAUCUGGUGGCCAACUACAAGAAACGUCUGACCUCUGUGAUUGCCAACAAGGGUUUUGCCACCAAGUACUAAGUCAUGUUUUGCAAAGGGGUCAAAUACUUAUUUCCCUCAUUAAAAUGCAAAUCAAUUUAUAACAUUUUUGACAUGCGUUUUUCUGGAUUUCUUUGUUGUUAUUCUGUCUCUCACUGUUCAAAUAAACCUACCAUUAAAAUUAUAGACUGAUCAUGUCUUUGUCAGUGGGCAAACGUACAAAAUCAGCAGGGGAUCAAAUACUUUUUUUCCCUCACAUUCCCCGCCUUUAUGUUAGAGCAAGGAAACGGUUGUAUACUGCAUGGAAAUGAUCGGGAUGGGGAAAAUUGAGUAAAUCUGACUGAAAUCUGUCAAUAAGUUGACAUCCCAAAUAAGCACUGUGUGCAGGAUGGGAGUUCUUCUAGCAUGUAUUGGAACACCAAUGAUGUUAUUUGAAUUGAAAGAAAAUCUGCUAAAAUGACUUCUAUCCAUUCUCACCCCCUCCUUUCAUUUUCCCUCUCUCCCUCCCCCUUAAACCUACCCCCUCCUACUCCCUUCUCUUCUCUCCCCCUCCCUCCAACCCAAUCACCCCUCUCCAUCUCUCCCCUUUAACCUCUCAUCUCAUCUCUCUGUCUCCCCCCUCUUCUCCCCCUCACUCCCUCCCCUUCCCUACCUCCCCCCUCCCCCUUAACCUUCCCCUUUCUCUCUCUCCCCAUUUAACCUCCCCCUUCCACCGUUUCCCCCCUUCUUUCCCCCCUCACACCCGCCUCCUCCUUGUUCUCUCUCCCCCCUGUCUCUGUAGACGAGUGGUGAGAAGGUGAGUAAGCUGAGCCUGGUGGACCUGGCUGGCAGUGAGAGAGCUGCUAAGACUGGAGCUACCGGAGAGAGGAUGAAGGAGGGCAGCAACAUCAACAAGUACGUCACUGAAAACACACACACAGGCGCAUGCAAGUAUGCUUACACACACACACACACACACACACACACAGCUCCAAGUUGUUCUAGUUUUAGCUUCAAGUUCCCAAAUGAAAGAAAGAUUCACACUUCCACUCAGAAAACAUGCCACCGCUUAUGAUAGCGGGCCGGUGUGUGUUACAAUAUUUUACCUGACGGAGGGUGUGUUCUCUGUGUGUCUCUGCAGGUCUCUGACCACUCUAGGCCUGGUCAUAUCUGCUCUGGCAGAACAGGGAUGUGGGAAGAACAAGACCAAGUUUGUCCCCUACAGAGACUCUGUACUAACAUGGCUGCUUAAGGUAAGACGCACACACACAUCUUUUUCUCCUCUUAAUAGAACUUCUCUCGUCCUACUUUCACUCUCUCGCUCCCAUAUCUUUGUUGUUUCCUUUAGUUAUUUGAACACAUAUUAAGAUUUGGUCCCGACAACCCUUUGUCUUUCUCUUUCAUUCUCCCUCUCUUACCAACACUCCUUUCUCCCCCUCCCACCCGUCACCAGGACAGCCUGGGCGGCAACAGCCGCACGGCCAUGGUGGCCACGGUGAGCCCGGCGGCCGACAACUACGACGAGACGCUGUCGACGCUGCGCUACGCCGACCGGGCCAAGAGCAUCGUCAACCACGCCGUCGUCAACGAAGACCCCAAUGCACGCAUCAUCAGGGAGCUCCGCGAGGAGGUGGAGAAACUACGGGACCAGCUGACACAGGCAGAGGUGAGGGGUGGAGGGUGGAGGGGGAGAGAGAAGGAAAAAGGGAUGGAGAGGAGGAAAGAGGGAGAGAGAAUGGGGGGGGGGGGGUAUCAACUGACACAGGCGAAGGUAAGGAGCGAUGGGAGAAGAGAGCCCACACCAGCUGGCAAAACUGGUUGCGUUCUGGUUGUAUAAGGAAUUGUUUAUUUUUUAUUAGUGCAUCCAGAAAACGACUGCUUCAUCAGGUGUAGCAGAGACCAGUUAGUUGUAAUUUGGUUACAUGAAGACUUUUCAACCGGAACAUCCGUUUACAAAUGACAUCAACUACCACAUCUUGUCUGCUGGGAGACAGGGAAGGGAGACAAAUAACAAAAGUAAGAGAGUUGAUUUGUCUUGUCUCCUGUCCAGUCUAUGAAGGCCCCGGAGCUGAAGGAAAGGCUGGAGGAGUCUGAGAAACUCAUCCAAGAGAUGACAGUCACCUGGGAGGAGAAGCUACGCAAGACGGAGGAGAUCGCACAGGUACACACACUAGGUCACGAAACAGAAAAAAAUGCUCUGAAACAGGUACUUUCUAAAAUUGUCCAAUAAGACACGUAUUUUUAUUAUUGAUUUUUUUCACACCAUUUUGAAAUGCGCCCUUAUUAAAACAACCAAUCUGAAUGUAUGGUUUCCCUGUGUUGUGUGUCUUGUAGGAGCGUCAGAAACAGUUGGAAUCCUUGGGCAUCUCUCUCCAGUCGUCUGGCAUCAGAGUGGGAGAAGACAAGUGUUUUCUAGUCAACCUCAAUGCUGACCCCGCUCUCAAUGAGCUGUUGGUCUACUACCUGAAGGUACACACACACUAGUGGUGCACGGGUCAGCUGUUUGUUCACCCGCAAUUCCAAUAACCCAUCCACAACCGCACGACUAUAUGUGAUAGUGAGAAUCUGAGGCCCGCACCCGACCCUAACCCGCUAAUAUAGAAAAUGCGCUGUAGGCUACAGUCAGAGACGGCGUAAGGAUUUUUUGACUGGGGGUGCAGGAUUUCUUUGGCCUGAUUUUAGAUAUAUUUCUGCUUAUUUCUGACAUUUUGGGAGGCUAUUUGUUAGUCAACUUGUCUAUAAUUAGAUACAUGCAGCUUCUCUUCUGUCAUUAUGUUGCCCUAGAAGACUAAAUACACCCUUGCUCACCAGAAUGUCAUAAAUGAAUGCUUCAGUCUAGUUGACAAAAUGAAAAUGAAAGCUGAGAAAACGACCCGUCGGCUUGGAUGAAUAUUUGAUGUGGUUGAAAUGCUAUCAGCUUUUAUGAUGCUAAUAAAGACAGCACCUCUACAGACGGUAUAUAACUUAUAUAUUUAUGGAUAUUAUAAGGUAUUGUAUUCUCUUUAUUCAACCUGCCUGCCACCCACCCGCCUUUGAUCCACACAAUAUUUCAUGACCCUAAACCCGCCCACCCCGCUAAUAUAACCGCGGGGACUGCGGGUCAGGAGUCAACCUGCCAUUCACUAACACACACACACACACACACACACACACACACACACACACACACACACACCCCAUUGUAACAUGGUAUUGUUGUGUACUGUAGGAGCACACUAAGGUUGGUUCCGCAGACUCCCAGGAUAUCCAGCUGUGUGGGAUGGGCAUCCAGGCUGAACACUGCAUCAUAAACAUCACAGCUGACCAAAGGGUGGUCCUCACUCCCCACAGGAACUCACGGUACGUAUAGAACACUCCUCUUCAUCUCUACCAUCAUCCUCCUCAUCAGUAUAAUCCACAACGGGGCAAACCUGGAUGAGGUGACGCCUUUCCACAACCAAAAUCUGGUUUUAAAAAUGUCAUUGUUACCAAUUUUACCCGCUGGCACCGGCUCACACCGCAGAAAAUGUCACGGUACACCAGCAGUCAUUAUAGUCAUCAUAAUUUCAACGCACAUCAUCGAAAUCGGCAUUCUUGACAUCAUCAUUAUUGCGACACAUCUCUAGCAAGAGAUUCGGUCUCGAGUCACAUGACUUGGACUCGAGUCUGACUUGAGUCUCAAAUUUGACUUGAGACUCAACUUGUUAGAAAAUAAAAUAACUUAAGACUUGACUUUGACUUGGAACCUUAAGACUCGGGACUCGACUUGAUGACUUGUUUUGUAACGUUUUGUCGCUCCGAGUCUCAGUGGUUUAGGCUACUCUCCGCACAGCCAGAGACUGUAUCGCACUUGCAAAAAAAAAACCAGAUAGGCUAGUGAAACGCACACUCGGCUCUGAUUGGACCAGCAAACUGUCAAUGAACAGUUGCUUUGCUUAUUAGAUCUGGUCACUUACAUAGGCCUACGGCAUUGCACCAAAUGUUGUUUCAAAACACGUGUUUCAGAACCAAUAAAUUGCGAAACUUGACUGUUGACCAAUGACCAGUCAUCAGCAUUGGCGCGCAAAGGCGGACUCACAAAUCCAGAUUAGUGACCAGAAAGAGCUAGUUUAAUUUUCUCCGGUUUUGCCUGGCAGAAACAAAGUAGCCUGCCUAUCUACAUUAAUAUUAUCCAUAUAAAAUACAGUUUAGCAAUCUGCUACGGACACAGCUUUGCCAGAACAAUAGGCUACCUGUUGAUUUCAUUGAUCAUUUUCAUAUUUCAGAUAGGCCUAGUUUGCGUGGGUUAUAAUUCCAUACCUCAAUGGUGGUACUGGCUAUAUAUCUAAAGAUAGCUGUAACAUCACACUACCUUCAAUACUUAGCUAUGAGAUGAAGAUGUAACAUUUUCUGGCAAAUGAAUGACAGGGUUUGUUAGUAAGAAAAAAGCUACAGAUAGAUCAUGCUUUCCAUCCGAUCCUGCAACCUCCACUGCACACAGGUAGGCCGUAUGAUCCUGCUUGGUCUGGACUCCAGAGAAGUGACAAUGUGACAUGAUAUCCCUAGUUGAUAUUGACUACUAACAUGAAUGACUUUCAGCUCAAAAUGCAGUUGUAAAACACAGUUUAUUUCUGUAUCUUGUGUUUUGAAAAUGCAUCACCGUUUAUGGCUGUAAUGACAGGCUACAUUUGCACUGCGAUUGUGCGUGCGUGUUCACCCUGUGCGGGUGCGUGCGUGGGGGUCGCAAGCUUUGAACCACUCCUUUUGGGGGGGGGUCGCAGGUCAAAAAGUUUGAGAAUCAUUAAGCUAGCGAAUAGAGUGCUGAUUUGCUGUACAGCUAGCUAUAGGAUCGGGUGCAGUGCAAACGUCAAAUUGUAGGGGGAGAGGAUUGCCAUAAAUAAAUAUGCAGCUCCAAAAAUUGUUUGGUGAUCAAUAAUAUUAACUGUUUACUUUGCAAGCUCACCAGCAAUGGGGCAUUAAUCAACAAUUACUAGCAUAGGCCUACUGGUCUUUUGGUAUCCCAGAAUUGCUUACAAUUGAUAAAGGUACCUAAAGUAUCAAAAUCCUGAGACAUCCCAGAUAGAACCUUAUGGCUCUGAAAUGUCAAUCUGGAUUUAGCCAUAAGGUUCUAUCUGGCACUGCUGAAUUAGACAAUGUUCCGUUUUUAAGAAGACUAGCUAUUUUACCAGGAUAGUCAGAACACAUCAUCAAAUACAUGAAGAAAUGUAUUAUGCUCAUCAGACGAAUGAUUGUCAUCACUGAACAACGAUGUGACAACAUCAUUUACUUUAAGAUUAUUGCUGGCUAGACUAGCUAGACCAUACUUAUUGGUGUGUCUGUAUUUGUUCAGGCUUGUGAUUGGAUUGCAGAUAGAACCUUAGUGCCAAGUUCAAAUGGUUUUAUGCAGAUAGAACUUUCUAGUUUUUCUUUUUUUUAUAUACAUAAAAUGUACUUUUUCAAAAAUCUAACUUGACAGACAUACGAAUAACCAUCUAAAGAUCUAUUAUAUGUGACUAACUCAUUUUUGACAAAAAUGUCAGAUGGAACCUUAAUAGUCCCAACGUCUCGAUUUGUAGUUAAACAAGACAUUGCAUGUAUAGAUUUUUUUUUACUUGACUUGAAAAAAACUUGUGAUUCGACUUGCUCUUAGAAUGCACAACUUGGACUUGACUCGAGACUGGAGACUCGACCCGUUCUACUUGUGACUCGACUUGAGACCUUGAGACUUGCUUGUGACUCAAAUAAUAGUGACUUGGUCCCACCUCUGUCUCUAGCCUCUAGUCACCCCUCUAUGACUCUCUCACACACACACACACACACACACACACACACACACACACACACACACACACACACACACACACACACACACCUCUAGACUCAAGUCUGAUCUCCUGCUUUCAGAUGAUGGUGAUGUCAUGUUGCCUCAAGGCCCCUUAAGAAUUGAAAGAACUAACUGGAUCAUUCAUUCAUUUUUAUUAGAUUUUUCUUUAGCCAGGAUAGUCCACUCCAGUAACAAUUGGCAAUGUUUUCCAGGGAGUCACUUGGUUCCAUAUAAUCAAUAAAAACAAACAUCAUAAUAGUAAAGAUGUUGUUAUGCAUUUAUGUUGUUUUUGCAGAAUGUGUCUUAUGUCAUGGUUACACAAUGUUUUUAUUAUGCUGAACUUAAGUUGUUGUUACAUUACAGAACAUGUGUGAACGGCUCUCCUUGCACCAGCCCGCAGCAGCUCCACCACGGAGACCGCAUCCUGUGGGGCAACAACCACUUCUUCAGGUCUGUAUCUGUCUGUCUGCGUCUGUCUGUUUGUGCUCCAACAGUUCUGACAAUACUGUGAAAUCUCGUUCAACUACUGGUCCUCGUUUGGAAAGAGUAGUACUGAACCCAUUCCCUUUCUCUUUCCUCCCAUCCCUCUCUUCCCCUCCUCUCUCCCCCACAGGAUCAACUUGCCUAAGCGGCGGUCGCGGGGUGGCGGUGAGGAAGAGGAGGGUGAGGGGGGCCUGAUGAAGAACAGUAGCAGUAGUGAACAGCUGGAUGGGGACGGAGACACCAACAGUGAGGUGUCCUCCGAGGUCUCCUUCUCCUACGAGUUCGCCCAGACAGAGGUCAUGAUGAAGGCCCUGGGCAACAAUGGUGAGGGCACACACACACAGGUCCUUGUAAACAACGAUGAGAAUGGAGGGAUGUGUAUGAAGGAGAGGGAUGGAGGGAAAGGAGGAAGGGGGAAGGAACAUAAACACCUUCAGAAACAAAUGUGUCGAUAAUCAUCGAUUGACUACGCAACUGCUGUCUGUCACACUGCAAUCACGAUUGGUUGCUCAUCCGAAACCCCCGUCCCUGAUUGGCUCUCGCCCCUGUCCGUCACCUUCAGACCCCAUGCAGGCGGUGCUCCAGUCCCUAGAGAGGCAGCACGAGGAGGAGAAGCGCUCGGCGCUGGAGAGACAGAGGCUGAUGUACGAACAGGAGCUGCAACAGCUGAGGAGACGGCUGCACCCGGACAGACAGUCUGUAGGGCAGACUGGCACGGCCCCCAGCCAAUCACAGGGCCAGGCCGACAGGCCGGGACAGCCCCACUACCGCAGCCUGGAGAGACUCAGCAUGGGAGGCAUGUCCAACUCACCUAGUGCACAGAGCAGGCUGAGGCAGUGGAGCGAGGAGAGGUGAGUGGUGGGGGAGGGAGGGUGGGUGGGGAUGUCUGUAAAUGAGUUAUAUUGUCAGUGAUAUUGACAGUAGUGAUGAUGGUCUCCAUUCUGUAGAGGUAGUGUUGACACGUGUGUGUGAUUAAAUAUGAUGAUGAUGAUGCUCUUUCUCUCACUCUCGCUCUCUCCCCCCACCCCCUCAGAGAGGCAGUGUUGACCCGGAGCCUACGUAAACUGAGGGAGCAGAUAGUGAGAGCUAACCUGCUGGUGCAGGAGGCUGGCUUCAUAGCAGAGGAGCUGGACAAACGCACAGAGUACAGAGUCACCUUGCAGAUACCUGCUGCUAACCUCAACGCCAACCGCAAGGUACACACGCACGAGCAUUAACACACUCACCUGGUGCUGUGUACAUAAACACACACCUAACCCCCAGCCCCCUGGCUGUUUCUCCCUCCUCAUAGCGUGAUGCAGUGCUGAGUGAGCCUGCGGUGCAGGUGAGGCGUAAGGGGAAAGGGAAACAGAUCUGGGCGCUGGAGAAGAUGGAGAACAGAAUGGUGGACAUGAGAGAACUCUACCAGGAGUGGAAGGACUACGACGACAACAACCCUGUGAGUUCUAACGACCUGUGUGUGUAGGUGUGUGAGGGUGUGUGUGUGUGUGUGUACGUGGUAAACCUUUAAGCCAGGUCAGUGUUGAUGGAGUGUGUGGCGGGGAGAGAACUUGGACUACAAUGAAGGCGAACCCUGAGAGACAAAUCAUGGUUUUUGCGUAAUAUCCAAAUGGAGUGCAUUUAGUAGUCCUCUUUUUUUCUAGUCCAUUCAGAUGUACGCAAAUGCAAUGUAAAGUGGAAGGGCUCCAUCGCUCAUUUCUCUCUCGCUCUGUCAUCUGCAGGUGAUGCGUUCUUACUUUAAGCGUGCCGACCCGUUCUUUGACGAGCAGGAGAAUCACAGUCUGAUAGGCGUGGCCAACGUCUUCCUGUCCUGUCUGUUCUACGACGUCAAGCUGCAGUAUGCAGUACCCAUCAUCAACCAGAAGGGGGAGGUAAAGAGACAGGCUUCAAGUGCUACAUAACACCAGGGUCGUGUUCAUUCGGCAUUGUGUAGCGAAGCGUUUUUGCAAUGGAAUUAGAAAACAAGCGUUUCUCAUUGGACAAGUCAGUUUUAUUCCGUUAUCGCCGAAUGAAUAUGACCCUGUUUCUCAACCUGUGAUGUCCAACUCUUGUGCUCCAGCCCAGCAGUAACACACCUGAUAAAACAAAUAGUCUUCUAGCUUGAUGACUGCGCUGAGUCAAUUGUUUGAAGGAACGAAGUGUCUUGGUGAUGUGCUAAAAUGAAAGCCUCAUAUUGUGGAACAGUGAUGAUGCAGUACAGAAUGCCCCCGUGUUAUGAAAUGAUUUCACCCGUGCCGUUGGUUUUCUUGUAGGUGGUUGGGAGAUUACACGUUGAGGUGGUGAGAGUGGCGGGGGGGGUUGAGGACAGCAUGGCUGGGGGAGAGGAUGAGGCCAGCCCUGAUGGAGAGGUGCAAGAGAGGAAACUGGUCUGCAUGGUGAGUCUAUUUCGGAUAGGGAGACACUCGUACACACGCAUAGAGAAAAGUCCCUUUUUAUAUGGCUCUUCUGGCUCUCUAAAAAUGGAAAGCAAUAUAGUUUACUCAUUCUCUCUUAAACCUAUUUAAUCCCCCCCCGUUCCUCUCCUCCAGAUCAAGAUCCUGCAGGCGACAGGUCUCCCCCAGUACCUGUCCAACUUUGUGUUCUGCCAGUACUCGUUCUGGGACCAGGCGGAGCCCGUCAUCGUGGCCCCAGAGGUGGACCCCUCCGCCUCGUCCCCCAGCAGCAAGGAACCGCACUGCAUGGUGGUUUUCGACAGCUGCAAGGUAUGACAUUCAAUUCAAUGAAAAGUACUUGUAUUGCCAAAGCAACAAUGUUGAACAGUCCAACAGGACAUAAGACAUUUACAUUUCAGUCAUGUUGCAGAUAGCGUAUGUAGCUCAGGAUGAAUCAGGUAGCCUGGUUAAACUAGUGGUGAGUGCAGUGUUCAGUCUGGAUUAACCAGGACCCUUCCUAUCUCCUUACAGCAUUUGUAUUGUUUCCGCUCUAGUGUGUUAAUGUAAUGCUAAUUCACCUCUGUUCUUUCAGUGGUGGUCUAUGCUAUUAUUUCUGCCCUUUCCAAUGCUGUUUUUCUUUCUCUCUGUCUCUCUUUCUCUCCCUCUCUGUCUCUCUAUAGGAGAUAGGUGUGGCGGUAACAGAGGAGUUUAUAGAGUAUUUGACUGAGGGGGCAGUGGCCAUCGAGGUGUACGGACACAGACAGGCAGACUCCGGCAGGAACCCUGCCCUCUGGGACCUCAGUAUUAUACAGGCCAAGACACGCACACUACGGGACAGGUACACACACACUCAUGGACAGGUACACACACACUACAGGACAGAUACACACACACACACCCAAGAUACGGGUAUAUGGUACACUGUACGGGUCAGCUAUACACACACACACACACACACUACAGGACAGGUACACAGUACAGACACACUAAACACACACACACGCUCAUACAGAGUGAUACAGGUUCCAUUUCUACAUUAAAGCAACCUUCUAAAUGACAUCAUGUCCUGUGUAUGUGUCUCCACCUGCAGGUGGAGUGAGGUAACGCGUCGUCUGGAGAUGUGUAUCCAGGUGUUGGAGAUCAACGAGAACGGGGACUUCAUGCCUGUAGAGGUCAUACCUGCCAGAGAUGUACGCACCGGGGGCAUAUUCCAACUACGACAGGUAAGUGUUACCUGUGUGUGUGUGUGUGUGUGUGUUAGAUUUUUUUCCAUUUUCUCCUGCCAAUGUAAUGCUGUAAUUUAGUUUAUAUCUAUUCAGGAUUUUUUCUUGUCAUUGCAAUUUUAAGUAAAUACAUAUUUUUCCCUGCUUAAUCAGCAAUUCCAAGUUGUUCUUAUCUCAGAAAAUAGCAUUUCAUACAGUGCCUUCAAAGUAUUCACACCCCUAGACUUCAUCCAUAUGUUGAUGUGUUAUAGCCUGAAUUUAAAAUGGAUUCAAUUGAGAUUUUUGGUCACUGGCCUACCCCAUAAUGUCAAAGUGGAAUUAUGUUUUUCAAUUUUUUUUUCAUAUUAAUUAAAAAUUAAAAGCUGAAAUGUCUUGAGUCAAUAAGUAUUCAACCCCUUUGUUAUGGCAAGCCUAAAUAAGUUCAGUAGUAAAUAUUUGCUUAUCAAGUCAAAUAAUAAAUUGCAAAAAACACUAUUAUUGCACUCUGUGUGUAAUAAUAGUGUUUAACAUGAUUUUUGAAUGACUACCUCAUCUCUGUACCCCACAUAUACAAUUAUCUAUAAGGUCCCUCAGUUGAACAGUGAAUUUCAAACACAGAUUCAACCACAAAGACCAGGGAGGUUUUCCAAUGCCUUGCAAAGAAGGUCACCUAUUGGUAAAGAUAAAAAAAAAAUCUGACAUUGAAUAUCCCUUUGAACAUGGUGAAGUUAUUAAUUACACUUUGGGAUGGUGUAUCUAUACACCCAGUCACUACAAAGAUACAGGCGUCCUUCCUAACUCCAUUGCUGGAGAGGAAGGAAACCACUCAGGGAUGGAUUUCACCAUGAGUCCAAUGGUGACGUUAAAACAGUUAGUUUUAUGGCUGUGAUAAGAGAAAACUGAGGAUGGAUCAACAAUAUUGUAGUUACUCCACAAUACUAACCUAAUUGACAGAGUGAAAAGAAGGAAGCCUGUACAGAAUACAAAUAUUCCAAAACAUGCAUCCUGUUUGCAACAAGGCACUAAAGUAAUACUGCAAAAAAAAAUUGCAAAGCAAUUCACUUUUUGUCCUGAAUACAAAGUGUUAUGUUUGGGGCAAAUCCAAUACAACACAUUACUGAGUACCAUUCUCCAUAUUUUCAAGCAUAGUGGUGGCUGCAUCAUGUUAUGGGUAUGCUUGUAAUGAUUAAGAAUUUUUCAGGAUUAAAAAGAAACGGAAUGGAGCUAAGCACAGGCCAAAUCCUAGAGGAAAUCCUGGUUCAGUCUGCUUUACACCAGACACUGAAAGAUGAAUUCACCUUUCAGCAGGACAAUAACCUAAAACACAAGGCCAAAUCUACACUGGAGUUGCUUACCAAGAAGACAGUGAAUGUUCCUGAGUGACCGAGUUACAGUUUUGACUUAAAUCUACUUGAAAAUAAUGGCAAGACCUGGAAAUGGUUGUCUAGCAAUGAUCAACAACCAAUUUGACAGAGCUUGAAGAAUUUUGAAAAGAAAAAUGGGCAAAUGUUACAAAAUCCAGGUGUGGAAAGCUCUUGGAGACUUACCCAGAAAGACUCACAGCUGUAAUCACUGCCAAAGGUGCUUGUACAAAGUAUUGACUCAGGGGUGUGAAUACUGAAAUGAGAUUUUCAGCAUUUCAUCUUCAAAAAAUUUGCUAACAUUUUUGAAAACACAUUGUUAUCAUGUGUAGAUGGGUGAGAAAAUAAUAUAUUUAAUCCAUUUUGAAUUCAGGCUGUAACAACAAACUGUAGAAUAAGUCAAAGGGUAUGCAUACUUUCUGAAGGCACUGUACAUCUACCAUUUGAAAUGAACAAGCAACUUUCUAUAUUGUGUUGAUGCCAUGUGUGUCCCUCGGGGCCAGUCCAAAAGCAUGUCAUGGAAUGGUCUUACCAAGAAAAACGUCCAAAAGGACUAAUUCGAGGUCGAAAGGAGCUCACUUUAAUCCAUUGUACAGGAUGCGAACAGGUGACUGACGUUCAGAACUCUAUCUUCAUUCCCUCUAUCCCUCUCCUUCACCCCCACCCGCAGGGCCAGUCAAGGCGUCUGCAGGUGGAGGUGAGAUCCGUGCAGGACAGCGGCACCAUGCCCCUGAUAGCUGAGGUGCUGUUGGCCGUGUCCGUGGGCUGUGUGGAGAUCAGACAGACAUGCCAGGCCAAGGCCAACAACGAACCCAUACAGGUAACACACAUACAUUACUAUACAGGAAGAAAGAAAUGGCUGCCAUUUACGAAAGUGUUUUGGACUAAUACUAUUGUGUAUUUUGUUGUUUGUCUCACAGGUGGAGGGUGAUGAGAUGGACAGCUAUCAGGUAAAUAACAUUUAGAUUAUCUCUACUGAGAGACAGAUAGUGGUAAGACUCAAUGAUUGCUUCUGGCGCUAUAUCUGAUUGGUUGGUGUGUGUUCUGUCCAAUAGGAGCGUGAUCUGGAGCGUCUGCGUCACCAGUGGCUGACGGCUCUCACCAAGCGACAAGAGUACCUGGACCAACACCUCCAGACCCUGGUCAGCAAGCCAGGUAACACACACACACAACAGUCAAUGUGUAGUGGAGGAAGUACUGUAUAAGUUUGGGCGGCAGGUCAAAGGGCACGGGAAAUGAGGUAGAGGAAGUGGUGGCAGGAAUCACAUUCCUCUGAUUGACUACACAUCUGUGUAAAACAUCUGUGUGGAGUUGAGGAAGAAAGACAUUGACAUUGUUGUGCUCCCUCUACAGAGAAGACAGAGGAGGACGUGGAGAGGGAGGCCCAGCUUUUGGAAUGGCGUCUGACUCUGACCGAGGAGAGGAACGCGGUCAUGGUGCCUUCAGCUGGCAGCGGCAUCCCAGGAGCUCCCGCAGAGUGGUGAGAGAGACCGGGAAUGUGCGUGUGUGCGUGUUUGCAAGCGAUUUGGAUCUAGAUGGAGAUGUAAAAGGAUCAAACCGUUUUCCUAUGGGAAAUGUCCAUAUUAUUCAACAAGUGUCUUUGUUUAAUUUCUUUGUUUCUCCAGGGUCCCCCUACCUGGAAUGGAGACCCAUACCCCUGUGCUUUUCCUGGACCUUAGUGGUAAGUUCUUUCUCUACUCUCUUCUUUUCUUCGUUCUCUCUUUUCUGACUGUUCUAGAGUGACAUUACGUCAAUCAUUGAAUUGUCACUUUCAUUCAUCUAGUAGUGAAUGUCUUUCUCUUAUCCUCUCUCUCUCUCUUUCCCUCUCUCUCUCCCCCUCUCUCUCUCCAGCGGAUGACUUCAGUUCCCAGGACGCGUUGGAGGUCCCGGAGGCGGGUGGUUGGGACGCCACUCUGAGCGGAGAGGACGAGGACGACUUCUUCGACCUGCAGAUUGUCAAACACUACGAUGGAGAGGUAGGCACCGGGUCCUAUUCAUUAGGGCUUACCGUAGAAAAACGUUUUACAACGGAAAACCAAAACGAGCAUUUCUCAUUGGGCAAGUCCAAGUAGUCCCUCUCCGUUUCAGUCGGCUCUCUUCCAUAUGAUCCCUAAUGAACACAACCCUGCUCCUCCCCAUCCCCUCUCCACUAGGUAAAAGCUGAGGCGUCAUGGGACUCCACAGUGCAUGAGUGUCCUCAGCUGAGCCGCGGCGGAGCGUGCCCAGAGCAGAGGGUGUAUCUGACGGUACGCUGCGUGGUGCAGCUCAGCCACCCGGCAGACAUGCAGCUGGUGCUGAGGAAACGGAUCUGCGUCAACCUGAACCCGGGAAGACAGGGCUUCGCCCAGAACCUCCUGAAGAGGAUGUCCACGCGCUCCACCAUCUCCGGCUGUGGGGUCACCUUCGAGGUGGUCUCCAACAUCCCCGGGGUAAGCCAUACAGGAGGGACACAGGAAAUGUUAUGAUUUAUAAUCAGUUACCAUGGCUCUUUUUUGUAGUAACUUACUACAAUCACUAUAGCUCUCAGUUGUCUAAAAGUCUGUCCUCUCCUUCAUUGCACAGAAUUGAAGGUGAUAAGCCAACCUAAUGAUGCCCUUGGCUUCCACCAUAUUGUUUUCCUCUGUCAAGUAGUGUAUUUUAAUAAAGUAUAAUAAUAUAAUAUGCCAUUUAGCAGACACUUUUGUCCGAAGUGUCUUAGUCAUGUGUGCAUACUUCUUACGAAUGGGUGGUCCCGGGAAUCGAACCCACAACCCUGGUGUUGCAAGCGCCAUGCUCUACCAACUGAGCCGACCAGUGCCAAUGAAGGGGAGGAGAUAUUUUAGCUUUUUGGCAGCUCUACUAACUCUCCCGUCUCCCUCAGGAUGCCCAGGGUUCAGAGGACAGGGAGAUGUUGGCUCGUCUAGCUGCCAGCGCUGAGAACCCCAAGUCGGCCGACAACGAGGCGGCCAUCGAGAAAUACCUCCGCAGUGUCCUGGCCGUAGAGAACAUCCUCACUCUGGACCGCCUACGACAGGUCACUACACACUUAGCACUUGGGAUGGACUGUGUUGAAUGUCUGUGUUGAGUUAGAAAUGUUUUCAGUGCUUAUAAGUUUAACCUGCUAAAUAGUUGCAUUUGUACAUUUUGAGUACUUGUAUUCAAUUAUUAGUAAACCAAUAGAAACCUUUAAUCGAGUACUCGAGUACUCGUGCCUUUCCCCACUACACACUAGGACCCUCUACAUGCUUAACACUUAACAUUUGUAUUGGUCCAUCGCUGCACAAUUCAGUACUGUUGCUUCUAUUGCCUGUUCCUGGUUUUGACUGUGUUUGAUUGUGUGUGUGUGUAGGAGGUGGCAGUGAAGGAGCACCUGGCAGGCAAAGGGAAGGGCAACAGACGCAGUCUCAGCUCCCCCAGUGUACACAGGGUAAAUGGCACAUUCUCUCUACAAAAGUCAUGUCUGUUGGGGUACUGGGUCCUUGCUAUAUUGAUUUAUUUAAUAGGUUUAGGCAGCAGAGGUCAUGACAUUUCUUUUUUUUCUCUCUCUCCCUUUUUCUCUUUCUCUUCUUCAGCUCUCUGGCAGCAGACAGGAGCUGUCUUCUACCUGCAAUCUGGAUGACAACAAGGUGAUAAUACAACCCUGUUGAAGCUAUACAACUGUUAGUGUUCAAACUGAACAACUCCAGAGCCCAAAGUACAUAAAUCAAUCCUCACAUCUUUUAAUUCUCUCUCUCUCUCUGCUGUUCUUUCCUCUCUUCUGUCCUCCAGAGUCGCUGGGAGAGCCAGCAGGACAUCUUCAUCACCUCGCCCCAGUUCAGCCGGACUCUGCCUCGCCCCUCGCCCUCCUCCUCCCCCCCCACCAUGCCCCCCCAGAACCAGAGCCAGGACCCAGAGCAAGGUAAGGCACUGACUCCUCCCUCUACACUACUACUCCCCCCCCCCCCCCCUCCACUCUCUACCUUUCUCCCCCUGAAACUGCUAACUGGCUGACUACCUCAGUCUUGAACUUCACUCUCUCUCUUCUCCUGUCAUCCUUGUAUUUUCUGUGCAGUAGACCUCUGGUGUGAUUCAGUCUGUCUGUCUGUCCUAUCUACUAGGGUUGUAUCUUAUGUUUAAACUGUGUUUUAAUUCUGUUUGUGUGUUCGUGCCAGGGUUUCCGUGAAUCGGUAAUUGGGGGGGAGAGUAUUUCUGUCUAAUAAAGCCCUUUUGUGGGUAAAAACUAAUUCUGAUUGGCUGGGCCUGGCUCCCUAGCAGAGUAUGUGAGCGGAGCGUGCCCAAUUUGAUUGGAGUGCGGAGUUAGAUUUCCAAAGGCUGGAGCGUCGGCCUUCUACUCGCCUGCUCCAGUAGCGCUCCAGUAGCGCUCACGUCACGAGCUCAGGGCAUACCUGGCCCAGCAUGCAUUUGUAGUCUACUUGUGUGCUGCUAUAGUCCCUUGCUUUAGCUACUGUCAUGGAGUUCACUAAAUAUUUUUUAUAAAGAAACUGAUAGAACACACAGGUGCUAAAUCAAGGUGACUUACAAAGAUGAGGACCAAGAAUGAGAGAGGGAGUGUGGUGAUGUAAUGUCCACAACUAAAGAAUCAUUGUGGAAUCUGAAAAGACACGUAUCCCGAAAGCAUGAUGGUGUACUUACUACAUGCACAUGCUAACAGAAAGGAACGAGGUGGGUAGAUAACUAAGCGUGUAUUUGUAGCAAAGUAUUUAUGAACUAAAAAUCAGAUCUCUUAAACGUUGCGUUCAUUUUCGUUCUAUUAUCUAUACAAUAGGCCAUAAAUGAUUUUGGCCCAAUAGGCCUGGUAGAUUCCCCUGUUCAAGGAGCUUUCCGUUUUGAUUGGGUUAUUUUGCCUAAAAACCUUUAGGCCUACCUAUAGAAAAACUCUGCAUCUCUGCCCAGCCUGGCAAGAAUGGCCAAAAGGUGUUUAGCAUCCCCAGUGGCUCUGGAGGGGUGGAGAGGAUAUUCUCUGCUGCUGGCCUGCUCUCCAGGCACCAUCGCAUGAGCCUGAAGCCACAGACUGGCCAAAUUCAUGUUUCUAAAAAUGAAUUCAAAGGCACUAAUAAGUCAUUUUUCGUUUAAUUUGUAUUUACUUCUAAGUAAGUCAUAGCCUGUAUGCGCAAUUUAUAGACUAUAAUGAUUUAAUACAACUAAAUGUUGUCUAUAUGCUGAGAGCUUUACGUCCCUACCAGCCUGUUGUGUCACACUCACAAAUGCUUCACAAUGUAUUGCUUUGUAGGCUAUAGCCUUGAAAUAAUUGAAAUAGUAGCCUAAAUAAUUCAUUUUCGUUCCUUCUUAGGCUCCCUGUCUGGCACCUGACCUAUUUAGAGUGUUUAUAUACUGUUUAAUAUGACAUGUAGCCUAUUUGAAAUAAUGUGUCUUACAUUCACCUUUUUUAUGUUUAUUCAAAUACUUUUCAUUCAAAUCCAUAUGGUUUGGUUUCAAUACUUCAAAACCAAAUGGUAGGUCCAGGUCGUCACAAAAAUAGAUGGGUGUUGGUUAAAUUGUGAUUUUAAUGAAUGGAGCGAAUUUGGAGCUGCAUUUUUUUCCCCCUGUGAGCGUGGAGCGGUUUUUAGCGGAGCAGUUGGACCGGAGCGCUCCAUGAGCGCUGAGAAGGAUUUCCAACUGCUCAACUCCGCUCACAUGCUCUGCUUCCCAGUGGGUGGGCCUGGCUCCCAAGUGGGUGGGCCUAUGCCCUCCCAGACCCACCCAUGGCUGCGCCCCUGCCCAGUCAUGUGAAAUCCAUAGAUUAGGGCCUAAUUUAUUUAUUUCAAUUGACUGAUUUCCCUAUAUGAACUGAAAUUGUUGCAUGUUGCGUUUAUAUAUUUUUUCAGUAUAGUUAACUACCUGCCCUAAUGGGUUACGCACCCAAUGCAUAUACAGUGGGGAGAACCAAGUAUUUGAUACACUGCCGAUUUUGCAGGUUUUCCUACUUACAAAGCAUUUAGAGGUCCGUAAUUUUUAUCAUAGGUACACUUUAACUGUGAGAGACGGAAAAUCCAGAAAAUCACAUUGUAUGAUUUUUAAGUAAUUCAUUUGCAUUUUAUUGCAUGACAUAAGCAUUUGAUCACCUACCAACCAGUAAGAAUUCCGGCUCUCACAGACCUGUUAGUUUUUCUUUAAGAAGCCCUCCUGUUCUCCACUCAUUACCUAUAUUAACUGCACCUGUUUGAACUCGUUACCUGUAUAAAAAGACACCUGUCCACACACUCAAUCAAACAGACUCCAACCUCUCCACAAUGGCCAAGACCAGAGAGCUGUGUAAGGACAUCAGGGAUAAAAUUGUAGACCUGCACAAGGCUGGGAUGGGCUACAGGACAAUAGGCAAGCAGCUUGGUGAGAAGGCAACAACUGUUGGCGCAAUUAUUAGAAAAUUGAAGAAGUUCAAGAUGACGGUCAAUGUGAUUUUCUGGAUUUUUGUUUUAGAUUCCGUCUCUCACAGUUGAAGUGUACCUAUGAUAAAAAUUACAGACCUCUACAUGCUUUGUAAGUAGGAAAACCUGCAAAAACGGCAGUGAAUCAAAUACUUGUUCUCCCCACUGUAGGUCCGAUAGAUUUCUGAAAUGGCCGGUCAAUUUAAAUCUUCCCGGUCAUGUUGUCUGGCGCCACAUCUUCCUAACGGAAACCCUGGUGUGUGCGUGUACCUGUGUUAGAUACAGUAGUAACAUUUCCUGUGGUUUUUUUCUUUGUUUGAUUUCACUCUCUCAGCGAUGUCAUUUUAAUGGAUGUAUGGCCAAUGAUAAUUAAUCAUUCAGAUUAAUUUGCAAUCUUCAUGAUUAUAAUCCAGAGAUUAUAAUAUGUUAUUACAUGGUAAAAUCAUAUUUUUAUUUUCAGUUAUUUUAAUCAAUUCUUUGUCUUGUCUCUCUGACCUGGUCCAGCCAUGUUUUAUUUUUGGGGGUCAUUUCCUGGGCUUACUUUUCAACUUCCUGUCUUAAUCUCUCGCACCUUCCCUACCUUCCAAACCUCCUCCUGCACUUCCUCUUUUCCUCCGGUUCCUCCUGCUACUCCCUUUCCUCUCCUCCCCUCUCGUCUUCCUGCGCCUCACCCUCUCUUUUCCUCCACCUCCCUCACCGGUUCUCCCCUCAGGUCGUUCAGGGCUUGCUGCCUCUUAUCUUUCAGUCAAAGCCCUGAUGCCGCAGAUGCCCAAACUGCUCAAGUCCCUGUUCCCAGCCCGCGAGGACAAGAAGGAGCCCCUGCGCCCCUCGCCCCACUCCCUACAGGUAGGGAUCACACCCCCCCCUGACCUUAGUCCAAAGGUCACUUGGUUACUUAUCACCUUGGUCCAGCAACUAAGGCUGAAUGGUCAUUGGUCUAAAUCCUUUUUUAUGUUGUAACCCAGGGUUUCACAUACUCGGUCCUGUCCUAGACACCCCCCCCCCCCCCCCCCCCACAGCUGAUUAAAAUCAUCAAAGCUUGAUGAUGAGUUAGUUAUUUGAAUCAGCUGUGUGGGGCGGGGGCUAGGAUCGAGUUUGGGAAACCCUGUUGUAACCCCACUGAAGCCUUUCCCAUUUUCUUGUGAUCCACCAAAUAAACCGAACCAUAUUUCUAGCCACAACAGCAAUUAAUCACUGGGAGCCCAGAGACAAUGGAUGGUUGAUGUUGGUCUAUACUCCACUGUAGUUCACGGUCUCCGAUAUGAGUGCUCUAAUCCAUGCCUUCUUUUCAGUGUUGCCUAUAUUUCCUUUUUCUUCUCUCCACGUAAUAUGACAUGAUGAUUUGCUCAAUUCAUCCAUCAGGCCUUUUACCAGGUGCUACUAUCACAAUAAGGCAUAUCAUUUUCUGCAUUUGAGUGGAGUGGAGGAAAGUGGAGAUGGUUUUUAGAGCAUUCAGAGGAAGUGUCUAAACUAGUGAAUGAUACACUCAGCUUCCAACAGAGCAGACAAAACACUCUUGUAUUAAAGGUUUUAAGACGAGCUACUCUCAGAAAGACACAGCUCGAUACACUGUGCAGCGCUGAAAUGAUUCCCACCUGCCACUUGUGAUUAGAGUUGUUUUCCACAGCGAGAGAUGGGCACACCUGGGGUGGUGAGGCUGGGGGUAGAGCGGUCUAGAGCUGUCUAGUGGGAUUAUGGUCAUUAUUGCACUGUGAUGCAAUGGCUUCUAACAGCCAUAUGCAUGUCAGUCUCUCUUGGCUCAAAGUAGAGGAGAGAUUGACUGCAUCAAUUCUUGUUUUUGUGAGAAAAAUGAUUGUGUUGAAAAUACCAAAUUGUCUGUAUAAUCAACUUACAUAUAGCUCUGACAGACAUACUUACCCCACCAGUCCCCAAAUCCAGAACGAAUUCAAGGCAACGCACAGUGUUAUAUAGAGCCAUAAUCCAGGGUUGUCACCUUGUGGACUGGCUGAGCCACUAUGUCAAAAUAAAAUACUUUAUUUGUUAUCAUUUAAGGACAGGCACUAAUAGAGUUUUUUUUUUUUUUUGCGCUAGAAUGCAGCAAAUGGCAUUUACAUGUCUUCAAAAACGCUAAAAUGUAGAAAAUAGUAAAAAUAAAGAAAAACCCUGGAAUGAGUAGGUGUGUCUAAACUUUUGACUGGUACUGUAUGUGCAGAUAUGUGCACCCCGUCAUUGCUCUCUCUUGCUCUUUGUGUGUAUCUUGCUACCUGUCACUCAAAUGGAGAGGGGCUGAAUAUCAUUGGCUGGAACUUGAAUUGCUAGGGAGCUCUUUCAAACUAGGGAUUUCGUAGCUAAUUGAGGUAAAACAGUAAUUCUGCUCAUAGGUUAUGCAUGUAUGAACUACACAUUGACACAUCCAGCCCUAAGCGGGAAGUUUGAAAAAUACUAGUCGCCAAAGUACCGGAGCAUGUCUUUAAGGCAUAUGCACACUAUAUAUACAAAAGUAUGUGGACACCCCUUCAAAUUAGUGGAUUCAGCUAUUUCAGCCACACCCGUUGCGGACAGGUUUAUAAAAUCGAGCACACCGCCAUGCAAUCUCCAUAGACAAACAUUGGCAGUAGAAUGGCCUUACUGAAGAGCUCAGUGACUUUCAACGUGGCACCAUCAUAGGAUGCCACCAUUCCAACAAGUCAGUUCGUCAAAUGUCUGCCCUGCUAGAGCUGCCCCGGCCAACUGUAAGUGCUGUUAUUGUUUAGUGGAAAUGUCUAGGAGCAACGAUUGCUCAGCCGCGAAGUGGUAGGCCACACAAGCUCACAGAACACGGGACUGUCGAGUGCUGCAGUGCGUAAAAGCGAGGUCCAUACAGAAAUGGUUUGUUGAGAUCGGUGUGGAAGAAUUUGACUGGCCUGCAAGAGCCCUGACCUCAACCCCAUCGAACACCUUUGGGGUGAAUUGGAACGCCGACUGCGAGCCAGGCCUAAUCACCCAACAUCAGUGCCCGACCUCACGAAUGCUCUUGUGGCUGAAUGGAAGCUAGUCCCCGCAGCAAUGUUCCAACAUGUAGUGGAAAGCCUUCCCAGAAGAGUGGAGGCUGUUAUAGCAGCAAAGGGGGGAACAACUCCAUAUUAAUGCCCAUGAUUUUGGAAUGAGAUUUUUGACGAGCAGGUGUCCCCAUACUUUUGGUCAUUUAGUGGAUAUGUAGUAAUGUAUGUAUGCGUGCAAGUCUGCUUGUCUAUGUUAAUGUUUUUAAAUAUACACUACUAGUCAAAAGGUUUAGAACACCUACUCAUUCAAGGGUUUUUCUUUAUUUUUACUAUUUUCUACAUUGUAGAAUAAUAGUGAAGACAUCAAAACUAUGGAAUAACACAUAUGGAAUUGUGUAGUAACCAAAAAAGUGUUAAACAAAUCCAAAUAUAUUUGAGAUUCUUAAAAUAGCCACCCUUUGCCUUGAUGACAGCUUUGCACACUCUUGGCAUUCUCUCAACCAGCUUCACCUGGAAUGCUUUUCCAACAGUCUUGAAAGAGUUCCCACAUAUGCUGAGCAGUUGUUGGCUGCUUUUCCUUCACUCUGCCAUCUGACUCUUACACAGCCUGGAGGUGUGUUGGGUUAUUGUCCUCUUGAAAAACAAAUGAUAGUCCCACUAAGCCCAAACCAGAUGGAAGGGCGUAUCGCUGCAGAAUGCUGUGGUAGCCAUGCUGGUUAAGUGUGCCUUGAAUUCUAAAUCAAUCACAGACAGUGUCACCAGCAAAGCACCCCCACACAAUAACACCUCCUCCUCCAUGCUUUAUGGUGGGAACUACACAUGCAGAGAUCAUCCAUUCACCCACACCACGUCUCACAAAGCCACGGCAGUUGGAACCAAAAAUCUCAAAUUUGGACUCCAGACCACAGGACACAUUUCCACCGGUCUAAUGUCCAUUGUUCGUGUUUCUUGGCCCAAGCAGGUCUCUUCUUCUUAUUGGUGUCCUUUAGUAGUGGUUUCUUUGCAGCAAUUCGACCAUGAAGGCCUGAUUCACACAGUCCCCUCUGAACAGUUGAUGUUGAGAUGUGUCUGUUACUUGAACUCUGUGAAGCAUUUAUUUGGGCUGCAAUUUCUGAGGCUGGUAACUCUAAUGAACGUAUCCUCUGCAGUAAAGGUAGCUCUGGGUCUUCCUUUCCUGUGGAGGUCCUCAUGAGAGCCAGUUUCAUCAUAGCGCUUGAUGGUUUUUGCGACUGCACUUGAAGAAACUUUCAAAGUUCUUGAAAUGUUCUGUAUUGACUGACCUUCAUGUCUUAAAGUAAUGAUGGACUGUCGUUUCUCUUUGCUUAUUCUUGCAAUAAUAUGGACUUGGUCUUUUACCAAAUAGGGCUAUCUUCUGUAUACCCCCCCGUACCUUGUCACAACACAACUGAUUGGCUCAAACGUCAUUCCAGGUGACUAUCUCAUGAAGCUGGCUGAGAGAAGGAUUUGUUUAACACUUUUUUGGAUACUACAUGAUUCCAUAUGUGUUAUUUCAUAGUUUUGAUGUCUUCACUAUUAUUCUACAAUGUAAAAAUUGAGUAGGUGUGUCCAAACUUAUGCCUGAUACUGUAUGUGAAUUGUAAAGUAUUUUUGUUUGUAAUGUCUUUUUCGUUAUGUGUCGGACCCCAGGAAGACUAGCUGUCGCUAAUGGGGAUCCCAAUAAAAAUCUAAAUCUAAGCUUCAAUGGAGGGAAAACGUUUAACACAGAAGGCAAACUAUUACUCCCUACAUCUCUCCAAGAAUCUGGUUCUUUCCCCAUCUUCUCGAGCUGUCUAGUGUUAUAAUGGCGCCUCGAAGCAUUGCUCUAAGGCAGGGGUGUCAAACUCAUUCCAUGGGGGGCUUAGUGUGCUGGUUUCUUGGCUUUUCCUUUCAAUUAAGACCCUGACAACCAUGUAAGGGGAGUUCCUUACUAAUCACUGACCUUAAUUCAUCAAUCAAGUACAAGGGAGGAGUGAAAACCCCCAGACACUCGGCCCUCCGUUGAAUGAGUAGUGCAGGGUUUCCCAAACUUGGUCCUGCACAUUUAGGUUUUUGUCCAGCUGAUUCAAAUAACCAACUCAUCAUCAAGCUUUGAUUAGUUGAAUCAGCUGUGUAGCACUAGGGCAGAAACCAAAACGUGCACCCAGGGGGGGCCCCAGGACAGAGCUAUGGAAACCCUGAGGUAGUGGAAGAACAUAAAAGCAGUUCGACAGAAAAUAAUUAAACAUAUUUUUCCAAGAAUGCCUUUUAUUUUUUUGGAACCUUGAAGCAAUUGUAUAAGUGGAUGAACAACAUGAGCGGUUUACAUAGCGAAGUGAUUCCUUACAUCUCUUGUCAGGAAAAUAGUUGAUGGGUUGCUUAUUUAAUACCAUUGUUAUGUCUAUAGCCUAUAUAGUGAAGUCUAAAGUCGUUGAACACUAUGUUGGUUUUGCCCAGCCAAGCUUGCUGUUUAAUUUCCAUAUAGACUAGAUGUAUUGCUAAUGCAAGAAGAUUUAGCAAUGCCAUGGUUCCACUUCUGUCAACGCUGCAUUUGUUAGUCACUCUUUAAAGACAGAUAACACCACAAUGGAUUAAAAUAUUAUUCUGUAGGGAUUAAAACCAUUUUUGUAAAGAGCUGAAUAUAAUCGACUGAGCUUUUUGGCUUUUUAUAUUAAACUCGUAGUUAUGUACAAUGUGACAGAAUACUGAUGUAUUUAUCUCAUUGAACAGUGUUUCUUCUAUCCCAUUGAACAUAAUUGUGUUUCUCUCUCUCCCUGGCAGCCUCGUAUCAUCAUGCAGACGACAGGGCCUGAAGACAGCAGGAUCCGGAUAGAACCGGUAUGUUCCAGUCUAGUUGUAGUUAGUUGUUUAGAGAUCACUCUAGUUCGAGUUGGAAAUUUCCCAAUAUUCCCCGGUUUUCCAGAAAUCCUGGUUGGAAGAUUCCUGGAAUUACAAGGGAAUAAGCAGGAAAUCUGGGAAUCCCCCAAACAGCAUUUCUGGAAGGCCUGGGAAUUUUGGGAAAGUUACCGGAAUUUAGCAACCCUAGUUAGAGAUCAGUUUACAACAACUCUUCAGGCUGAAACAGUCUAUUGACCAUAUAAAUAUAAUUAAUUAUAUUUCUAUGGUAUUGACUGUAAUAUGACGCUAUGAUUGGUAGUAAGCAAGUGGAUCUGAGGAUCUCAUUACGAUGAUGGUGGUCGGGGUGGUAACGAUAAUUGUGGUGGUGAUAGGCAGGCAGUAUGAUGUCAUGGUUUGCUCCAGUCAGUCUUGAGUUGGGUUGAAUAAUUCUUAAAUCCCUGUCAUUGAGGUGUGAUUGCCAUUGCCGUCAAUUCCCUGUAGGUUGCUAUGGUAGUGAGGACAGCCCUGAUCCCGGCCCUGACCAAUGACAGGUGGUCGGAGUCCCCUGAUGCCCCUCCUCUUCCUGUUCCGUCCUCCCAGCAUGACCCGCAUGACUACCCCCUCAGCCCCAUCAGCGAGGCCUCCAGCGGCUACUUCUCCACUAGCGUUUCUACGGCAACCUUGUCCGAGGCUUCUGCCGUCGCCAGUGGCGACCACCCCACCACCCCCCCCCUCCGCCCCUCCUCCUCCCUCACCCUCCUAGAGGCAGGGGUGGGGCUAAAGGGGAGUAAUGCUCCUGAUACUACAUUACCCAGAACCCAUCCGCAGCAGCGAGCUGACUGGAACGGUGUUACUGCUGCAUCUCCUCAGUACGAAAACAAAAUGGCCACCACCGGUCCCGGCUCUAACAUCAACAGCGUCGCCACGGGCAACAAGCCCUUCUCAGUGCAGAGGGUAUGCACGUCGGACCUGAAGUCGUUGCAGCAGUGUGUCCUGGGGGAGGAGGAGGGAGGAAGAGGAGGACAAGGGUGUCUGGAGAGGUUGGAGAUCAUCCUGGACGAUGAGGACGGCGGCUGCGACUUCGUGCUGCCCGAUUGGCUGAGAGAGGGGGCGUGCGUGACGGUGGGAGCCAAUAAGGGCGGGACGGUGCGCUACGUGGGCAACACAGAGUUCGCAGAGGGCAUGUGGGUCGGGGUGGAGCUCGACUCGCCCUCAGGUGUGUGUUUACUGUUCACAAAGGAAUCGCAUGACUUCACAUAAUGACACCAUAAGCAAUGGAAUCUAAGGAAGAAAGCAGAAAAUGAAAAUUUAGAGGACCCUGACCUUGUCUACAUACACAUGAGAGAUUAGAGUAGGCAGUGCUUAGUUUAGGAAAUUCAAAGUACUAAACAAACUCUUCCUUGUCUAACUCCCCUCAUUCCAUCCUCUACCUUCACCUCCCUCCCCUCUCUCUCUCCCUCCCUCCCUCCCCUCUCUCUCUCCCUCCCUCCCUCCCCUCUCUCUCUCCCUCCCUCCCUCCCUCCUUCCCCUCUCUCCCUCCCUCCCUCCCUCCUUCCCCUCUCUCCAGGUAAGAAUGACGGCUCCGUAGGCGGGCGCUACUACUUCCGCUGUAACCCUGGUUACGGCGUCCUCGUGCGUCCCGACCGAGUGUUCCGACGGGAGCGUUCCACCAAACGGAACCCGGAGAAUCGGCGCAGCGGCGAGUUCUGCCAACCCGUUCUACGGGGAGAGUCCACUAACAGGAGAGCGGAGAACCGCAAGUCCUGGAGCAGUUGA